AAUAUGAGUUGGCAAAUAAGGUCAACAUUCAAGCCUAGAGCAAGACGAAAUGAUCAAAACUCUUUCCAGCUAGUUGGGCCUGUGGUUCAGCCCAGUAUUGAACAACGUCAGCAAGAGGAGCCACCAACUGAGCUUCAGGAUAGUAUGCCUGAUCAAGAGAAAAAAGAUAAAGUAGCACCUGUGGUUCAAGGAAAAUAG